AUGCUUCCAAGCAUGAUUCAGGUGCUGAGACUUUGGGUGCCACCCACUGAGAGACAUCACUUCAUGUGGGCUUAUUGUGCUCAUGUUAUACCUGGGACUUUAGUAUCGACGUCCUGGCUGUUGCCUAUCAACCCUGGCCCAGUUCUUUUGACCGCAGCCACUGCUCUCACCGCAGCCGGUAUGGACUUCACGUUAGACAUUUGUUACGUAAGUCCAGUUAUACCUUACUGGAUUAUGAGUUUCAUUAAAUAUUAUUCUGAGCAUGAGGGCUACAAAUGUGGGUACUGUAAACGUCCAGAUACAAAUUACAGCCACGUUAUGUGGGCGCAUGCAAUGACGGUUACUGACUACCAGGAUUUAAUAGAUAGAGGUUGGAGGAGAUCUGGAAAACAAUGCUAUAAGCCAACUUUAGAAGUCAUCUGCUGUCCCAUGUAUACCAUUCGAUGUAGAGCAUUAGAAUUUAAGCUUGCCAAAUCUCAAAAGAAAGUUUUGAAGAGAUUCAAUAAGUUUUUAAUUGGAGAAGAAAUAAGUGAUGCAAGUGCACAAGAGAGUCGAGAAGAUGUUGCAAUGGAGCAAGUUGAAGGGCAGGAGCAGUUUUUAGAAUCAAAAAGGCCACCUGAAGAAUUAAACAUUGCUGGAAUGGAUAUUCCGUUUAUAGAAGAAGCAGAUGAUUCAAGAAAAGUUGCACGACAAUCGUCGGUAAGAUCUACAACAUUCACUUCGGAUAGAGUUGACCCUCAUGUAUCCCAUGGUGAACCAUUAACUGGAAACCACCAGGAGUCCAUUAACAUCAGGACACGUCUUAGCAUUCCUAAUCUAAAACAAUCGACUUGGAAAGUUCAUGACGACAACUUAGCGGUCCUGUUAGAGCAUCCGGGCUCGAAGCAGGAAUUGAACUCGCAGAAAGAACGCGGACAGCUUCUCUUGACCAACGAUCAAAUUUACGACCAUUUUAAGAGCACAUACGAGGUGCCUAAAAGUUUAAGACGGUAUAGGGAUCCAAACGAUCAAAAACCUGAAUUUCCUCGAAUCGAAUUCCACGGCAUUCCACCAACGCUAGAGGAACUAAAUAGUCAGAUCAAGAGGAAGUCGUCUAAAUCUGCACCGGGACCCGAUGGUAUCCCAUAUAUAGUCUUUAAAAAAUGUGCAUCGGUUCGUAAACUCCUCCUAAAUAUAUACGGUAAAAUCUGGUCAAGGAAGCAAAUCCCGGAGUGCUUCGGGAAAGCAAUUUUUGUCCUCAUUCCCAAAAAAGAUCGAGUUACUGAUCCGAAAGAUACUAGACCGAUAGCUUUAACAAAUACUAUAUCGAAAAUCUUUUUCUCGGUUCUACAAACGAGAAUGACGCGAUUCAUGCUCAGCAACAACUAUUUUAGGCCAAAUCACCAGAAAGGGUUUUUACCCGGGAUUUCUGGAUGCUUAGAACACAACACCUUGCUGUCGGAGAGUUUAAAAGAUGCUAGAAAAAGCGAGCGGCAAAUCACUGUUUGUUGGAUAGACUUGGAGAACGCGUUCGGGUCGAUACAACACGAAUUGAUGCUAUUCGCGCUUAGAUGGUACAACUUUCCACCCCUAGUUAGAGAAAUGAUCGCGUCGUAUUACUCAAAAUUAAGGUUUUCUAUAAUAACUAAAGAAGGCCCUUCAAAAAGUUUGAGUUAUAAUGUAGGACUGUUUCAAGGUUGUUGUCUAUCUCCAAUUGCGUUUAAUAUCGUAAUUAACAUCUUAGUAGACAAAUUAAUCUGCAACGAGAAAAAAUGGGGUUAUCGGUUUAAGUUUAAUAAUAAAUACACGGAAUCCAUUUUAGCCUUCGCUGACGAUCUCGCAAUACUGACACGUAACCCCAAACACUGUCAGGUACUAUUGGAUGAAGUGGAUAAAUUCUGUGAGUGGACGGAUGGAUUGAGGACAAAACCCAGUAAAUGUCACUGUCUGUGUCUUGGUAGGCGGAAUACAAGAUACACCUCAUACGAUCCGGGACUAUCGUUAGGCGGUCAAUGCAUUUCUACGGUUACGGAAAAUGCACCAUUUAAAUUUCUCGGUCGUAAGAUAGAUAAUAUAGGCCGUACUCCAUCUUUAGAAGGAAUAGUAGAUAGCUUUUUGAACGAUCUUAACAAGUUAGAUGCAGGCGUCAUAAAGAUGUUGAAGUUGUGGCUCGGGCUCGCCCUAACGGCUGAUUCAUCGGCGUUAUUUAGGGGAAGCAAUAGUUUUGGGAUGAGUCUAAAAAGGCCAUCGGAGCUCUAUAAACACCUAAGAGUUUCCAAGAGAUAUAUCCUGGGGAAAUCCCAUGAUGACAUAGUGACAUCGCUCCCAAAAGAUGAAGAUGCCCCCGAAAUGAUAAAUAUAAGAUCCAUGCAAUGA